GUAGUAAAAUUAAAGACGCAACCAAACAGGGUGUCUUACUCGGACACUGAUCCACAGACCACAAACGCAAUGUUGACGAUGAUGAGCCAAAUUCGUUUACCUCUCUAUUGCUGCUACGCCUCAUCAACCUCAAUUUCCGAGACUCAUCAUCAAGUUCUUAAUGGGAACACAGUCUCCAGACAAGAGAUCCGUCUGGGUUUACCAAGUAAAGGUCGUAUGUCUUCUGAUACACUCGACCUUCUCAAGGAUUGUCAAUUGUCUGUCAAGCAGGUCAAUCCUCGUCAGUACGUUGCCCAAAUUCCUCAGAUUUCAAACUUGGAAGUUUGGUUCCAAAGACCCAAAGACAUUGUUAGAAAAUUGUUAUCUGGAGAUCUUGAUCUUGGUAUAGUCGGACUCGAUGUACUCACUGAAUUUGGCCAGGGCAAUGAAGAUCUUAUCGUUGUCCACGAGGCUUUGGAGUACGGUGAUUGUCGUUUAUCCAUUGCGAUUCCGCAAUAUGGAAUAUUUGAAAAUGUAAAUUCACUAGAGGAGCUAGCAAAAAUGCCUCAAUGGACGGAAGAUAAGCCUCUGCGAGUUGCAACUGGAUUCACCUAUCUGGGUCCUAAAUUUAUGAAAGAUAAUGGUAUUAAGCAUGUGGCAUUUUCGACUGCUGACGGAGCACUGGAGGCAGCUCCUGCGAUGGGGAUUGCUGAUGCUAUCUUGGACCUUGUAAGUAGUGGAACUACGUUGAAAGAAAAUAACUUGAAGGAAAUUGAAGGUGGAACUGUUUUGGAAAGUCAGGCUGCUCUUGUUGCAAGCAGGAGAUCAAUGAUCGGACGAAAAGGAGUACUUGAAACAACUCAUGAGAUGCUUGAAAGAUUAGAGGCACAUCUGAGGGCUAUGGGGCAGUUCACGGUUGUAGCAAACAUGAGAGGAAGUAGUGCAGAGGAAGUGGCUGAGAGAGUACUGAGCCAACCAUCGUUAGCUGGGUUGCAGGGACCCACAGUAAGUCCUGUUUUCUGCAAGCGCGAUGGAAAGGUAUCAGCAGACUACUAUGCCAUAGUCAUAUGUGUGCCCAAGAAGGCACUGUACAAGUCUAUACAGCAACUGAGAGCGAUUGGAGGCAGCGGAGUUCUUGUAUCACCCUUGACCUACAUUUUUGACGAGGAAACUCCUAGAUGGCGUCAGCUCCUUUCUAAACUUGGGCUUUAGUCAUACAUGUGUUCCAUUUAUGGAGUUUUUUUUUCAGUAUAUGGAGUUUUUUUUCUUUGUUUCCCCUCUCCCUAAAUAUGUUAUCGAUGCAGAAGAACUAUAACAAACUGAAAUUAAAUUUCAUUUCUUGCUCGAUAACAGAGGAAAUUCCCACCUCUGCAUCAGUUUGUAUGUUGAAAAUUUUGUAGCAAGCCUAUAGUUUCUUUUCUUCAAUUAAUUCUCUCUUGAUACUAGAUAAGUGGGGAUGCGGAAUUGAAGUUUUAACUUCAACAAUUGUUGUGGGAGUUAAAGCAUGGUGUUGUAAUUUUAACUUUUCUAGUCAAUUUUAUUUGGAGUAAAUAGUCAAUUU